AUGGAAGCCCUACGAGCAGACCCCGCAAGCCCAUCACCCAGACACGAUCCCGAUCCCACCCUCGUAGCCGCCUCCGCUGGAGAUCGCAAAUCAGUGCGGGAUGCUAUCAAACGAGGCGAAUUCGACGACCUUCGUUCCGCAGCCUACAAUAAAACGUGGACUCCUUCUGGGGCUCUCUGGAAUGACCUGCCCUUCUUUGUCGCUGAUAUGACGGACUUCUGGGUUAAUGAUUGUGCGAUGGUGAAGGCGAACGAGCGUCUGAGUUUCGCGUCUUUUCUCGCCAAGCUUGCCUCUACGCGUCUGGGCAAGGAUAGACUGUGCCAGAUCGCCCUGUUGGCGUUCCGCGAGAUGUUCGAGACUGAACGACUCCUUCGCGUGUCCGAGACCACUGAUGAGAACUCUGGUCGGAUAAUGCAUGAUCUUGACAUUGCUGCUUUGCUCCCGGUUGCGUGUGCUUGGAUCCGUGAGGCUGGGUAUAAUAUCAUUCUGCUGUCGGAUAUGUCCUGGAACGAUUGCUCUAGCAGUAUUGCGCAAGGUGGUGAUACUUUCGUGAAGUCAGAACUGGGUCAACGCGCGCCUGCUGGAUUCAAUUCCUGGAGACUGUUGUACUGGCUGAAGCGUCUACAUGAAAUCGCCGACGAAGCAAAACAGGCUGAGGAGAAGCAUCUUGCCGAGCAGGCCACGGAGGCUAUCGAGAUGAUGUUGGGUCAUACCGAGGAGAGAAAUUCGAAGAUACUCCGGGUGUUUGAGGCUGCGGGUGAUGGUUUGCGUCAGGAUAUGGCGUUCUCGGGUCUCGAAAAAUUAGUCAAGGGUGAUGAGAGCUCUGAUAAGUGA